CAGGGUGUCGACUACCUUGAAAAUCCUUGAAAAUCAGGGAAUAUCAGGGAAUUCAAAUAUGGUCAGGGAAAAUCAGGGAAAAUCAGGGAAUUUUACCACAAUCAGGGAAAAAUGAAAUUCGUUGGAUAUAAAAUAUAAAAGUUUUUAGCCUUCCAGGUUUUAUGUGUACAUUUACUUCAGUGUAUGUUGUUUGUUUUUGUCUGUGAAAAUGGCGCGAAAGUAGAAGUCUUUUACUUUCGUGCAGUUUUUGCCAACUCCGUGUUAAGCCGUUAUUUAUCAGAUACCAUCAUCUCGAGCACCAGUUUGACAAUUGUUGAAUGCAACUGACAGCUGAUAUAUUUGCGCUUUCCGAGCACAGCCAGUAAGAUAGGCGAUGUCACGGGGCUGUUUUUUCGACCAUUUGAAAGAUGUGUUUGCGUAAGAAGAAAUAGAACUGCAAGAAUUUAAGUUUGAAUUUCGUUCAACGGAAGCGACUGUUGGUGCUCGUAGGCAGAAACAGAACUGCAAAAAUUUAAGUUUGAAUUUCAUUUAAUGGAAGUGAUUGUUGAUGCUCGCUUUGUGUUAAAGUUGAGGUGGGUGAGCCAAUUUUAUAAUCGGUGAAUACAGUAAAAUAAUUUAUUCAUUAUUUUAGCAGAGAGGUACGAUAAAAUCAUAAGGUUGUCUGGCAUUCUUCCCCGACUAUCAACUGAAGCGAAGGAAAUCCAGUAGAACUUAGUUCGAAAUGGCAAGCAAAACCACGUUCCAAGGCGUUUGGUUGCAUGACCCGGAGUUUUCAUCAUGGUUGAAACGAAUUGACACUAAGCUAGGAUGCGCAUACUGUUCUGUAUGUUCCUGUGAAAUAGUUCUCAGCAACAUGGGCAAACAGGCUCUCAAAAGUCAUAUGAAAUCAAAGAAGCAUAGUCAACGAACCACAGCCGGAAAUAUUUUCAAAUAUCUAAUGAGUGAUUCACACCAAACGUUCGAACCAGGCACUUCCAAGAAUAUCGGAUUCAGUUGUGCUAGAAAUGAUCAUCCACCUGUGGAAUCAGUACCUACUGUUGCGAUUCCUUCAGUUUCCUCUGCGAGCAUUCUACCUCCUUCGAAAACUAUCGAUAAAUUCAUGCUGAAAAACGAUACCAUCAAAGCUGAGAUCCUGUGGUGUUUGGAAACAGUUAUGUGUCACAAAUCACUCCGCACAGCUGAAAAGGACAUGGUAGUAUUGAGAACAAUGUUUCAUGAUAGCCAGAUUGCUGAGAAGGUUCAACUAGGCCGUGAUAAAAUGAGCUACAUGAUGCUGUUUGGCAUUGCCCCCUAUUAUAAAUCUGAGCUCGAUAAAACUCUGCAUAAUACAAACUGCAUUGUCGUUGGUUUUGACGAGUCCUUAAAUAAGACUACAAAAAAGCAGCAAAUGGAUCUAAAUGUCAGAUUUUGGGAUGAAGAAAAGAAGGAGGUGGUAACUCGUUACAUGACCUCAAUGUUCUUGGGACGAUCUCGAGCAACAGAUUUACAUGCAGCUUUUAAAGAAGGCCUGGGAAAUAUCCCUUUAAACAAGCUUCUUCAGGUGUCGAUGGAUGGUCCCAACGUGAAUUGGUCAUUUUUACGCGAGCUGAAAAUGGACUUUGAACAUGGAGAAGAAAGGCUCUUGGAUUUAGGUAGCUGCGGAUUGCAUAUUUUGCACGGUGCAUUCAAGGAAGGUGUUCGCUGCUCUGGAUGGAAUGUUACGAAGUACCUGCGAGGCAUCUAUCACAUCUUCAAAGAUGUUCCAGCACGACGCGCUUUAUUCACAUCGUAUUCGGGAAGUGCUGUGUAUCCACUGAAGUUUUGCGCUCACAGAUGGUUGGAAAACAUUAACCAGGGUGUCGACUCAAAACUCGAAGAAAAUUUCCCUGAUAUUCCCUGAUUUUCCAGUAAAUUUUCAGAAAAAUUCCAGAUGUAGACUAGUAAUCAAAUUCUUUACUAAUGCUUUAGCUAUAGUUCCUAAGAUAUUUAGUUAGCUUAAACAAUGAAAUAUAAGAACGUCUGUCGAUAUAUUCCAAUGGAAAAAAUGUUUGUGAUUUUUAAAUAAGUAAAAGACGACAGAGUAGUGUCGUAAAAUCGUUAAUCUUUCGGGCUUCUGUGCAUUUCCCAAAA